GGAAUCUUCACUGCUUUCUAAUCUGAAUCCCAGAGCAUCCCCCAUUUUUCUGUGGACAAAAUGAGAGGCCUUUUAUAGCCAGGCAUAACUGGCCAUCAUGGGGAAAUUGAUCAGGAUGGGGGCACAGGAAAGGCGGUCACUCUGGCCAAAGCGGCUUCAUUGGAGCCGCCCCCUCUUCCUAUUGGGAAUGUUGAUCAUAGGUUCCACCUACCAGUACCUGACGAGCCCACAGGGCCUCCCCACACUGUGGGCAGCAGUCUCUUCCCAACACCCUGUAAAAGUAGCCAGCCGGGACCUUUCCAACAAGGAGAUGAUGACGGUGAGCAGUGAGACUUCAAAAUCUAGCUCUGAAAUGGAGGUUGAGGCAUGGGCACCUGAAGCCACAGCAGGCAGAGAUGGAACAACACCUGGCAUAGCAAUGAAGAACACCCCCAGUACGCCUAGAAGAACAGCCAGCAUCACUCCAACGAUACCCAAGAAUAACUACAGCCCAACACCAAAAGGCACAGGAAAAGUUAAGGAAGACACCUCAGCCACACCCAGCGGAGAACUGAAUCACUACACUCAAAGCAGACCAAUGGUAAAUAGUUAUACCCCCGUGACACCCAGGGGAGAAGUAAAGAGCUCCCGCCCAACUCAAUCCAGGGGAAAGGUGGAGAAAUACUCCCCAUCCCCACUUGGUAGAAUGGGAAACAGUUAUGCCCCAUCUACACUCGUGACAAUGCCAAGGAGCUAUGGGAUCACCCCCAGAACAACAGUGAAAGACAGUGAAAUUAUGGCAACCAAGAAAACGCUGGCGACCAACCCCUCCAAGAGCCUAGUGGAGAAAACCACCCCAGCUCCUCUCAAGGAAAUAAGUAACACCCCAACCUUCCUGUUAAGUGACUUAGAAACAGACACCUUGACUUCUCCAAGAAAUGUGGUAGAAAAGAAGACCCUAACUACCCCUAGAAGAGUGGACAGUAAUAUCUCAACCAACCACCAGGAGUUGGUGGGGAAAAACAAUCUGACAACACCCCAAGGAAUGGUCCUGGAGCACACUGCGGCCAUCUCUGAGGGGCAAGUGACAAUAAGCACCAUGACACGCAGCAGCCCAGCAGAAACCAAAGCUUCUACUGAUGCUUGGAAAGUCAGGAAUCCCUUGUCCAGAACCAGUGCACCGACCAUCAGAAUAUCCUCAACCACCUUCAGGGGGCUUUUGAAGAACCCUUCCAAAGCACCCAGCACCCCAGCAACUCCCAGAGUCAGGGCAAAUCCGACCGUUCAGGUCCGCCACUGCCUGGUGGUGGAGCCAGCCCCAGUUGCACCCACUGCCCCCUCCCCUAGUUGGACAACAGCUGCGAUCCCAGAGAUUCCUAGUCCCUCAGGACAGCCAGACCUGCACCCCAAGGCAGAGUACCCCCGAGACCUGUUCAGUGUGGAGGAGCGGAGGCAGGGCUGGGUGGUCCUGCACAUCUUUGGCAUGAUGUAUGUGUUUGUAGCCUUGGCCAUCGUUUGUGACGAGUACUUUGUCCCUGCCCUGGGCGUCAUCACAGACAAGCUGCAGAUCUCUGAGGAUGUGGCAGGCGCUACAUUCAUGGCUGCUGGAGGCUCUGCCCCUGAGCUCUUCACCUCCCUCAUCGGCGUCUUCAUCUCCCAUAGCAACGUGGGCAUCGGCACCAUAGUGGGCUCUGCGGUGUUCAACAUCCUCUUUGUCAUUGGCACUUGUGCCCUCUUCUCCCGGGAGAUCCUCAACCUCACCUGGUGGCCCUUGUUCCGUGACAUCACCUUCUACAUCUUUGACCUAAUGAUGCUCAUCCUCUUCUUCCUGGAUAGCCUUAUUGCGUGGUGGGAGAGCGUGCUGCUGCUGCUGGCUUAUGCCUUCUAUGUGUUCACCAUGAAGUGGAACAAACAGCUCGAGCUCUGGGUGAAGGAGCAGCUCAACAAGAGGCCAGUGGCCAAGGUCAUGGCCCUAGGGGACCUCAGCAAGCUGGGCGAUGGGACAGUUGUGGUGGAUGAGCAGCAGGAUAACAAGAAGCUGAAGCUUUCGUCCAUGCUGACCCGAGGGAGCAGCUCGGCCUCUCUGCACAACAGCACCAUCCGCAGCACCAUCUACCAGCUCAUGCUCCACAGCCUGGACCCUCUGGGGGAAGCCCGGCCCUCCAGGGACAAGGAGGAGGAGACCUUGAUUCAGGAGGCAAAAGCCACGCCUCAGGCCAAAGCAGAGAGCAGACCAGAAGAGGAGGAGCCGGCCAAGCUCCCUGCGGUCACGGUCACACCAGCCCCUGCUCCAUACGUCAAGGGAGAUCAGGAGGAGGAUCCUGGCAGUCAGGGAGUAGGGGCCGAAGCUGAGAGCACAGGUGAAAGGACAGGUGGCAAGGUGGAAGCUCCUGCUGAAGGUGAAAGUGGAGAGCAAAGCGGAGGCGACGCUGCAUUAGAAGGUGAAAGUGAAGGAAGAGGAGAGAAUGAAAGUGAAGGUGACAUCCUGGCAGAAGGGAGAGGAGGUGAUGAAGAUGAAGGUGAAAUCCAGGCAGGAGAAGGUGGUGAAGUGGAAGGUGAUGAUGGUGAAGUGGAAGGUGAUGAUGGUGAAGUGGAAGGCGAUGAAGAUGAAGGUGAAAUCCAGGCAGGAGAAGGUGGUGAAGUGGAAGGUGAUGAAGACGAAGGUCAAAUCCAGGCAGGAGAAGGUGGUGAAGUGGAAGGUGAUGAUGGUGGAGUGGAAGGCGAUGAUGGUGAAGUGGAAGGCGAUGAAGAUGAAGGUGAAAUCCAGGCAGGAGAAGGUGGUGAAGGUGAAACUGGAGAGCAGGAAUUGAAUGGUGAAAUUCAAGGUGAAGCCAAAGAUGAUGAGGAAGGUGUAGAUGGUGAAGGGGGAGGUGAUGGAGGUGACAAUGAAGAUGAAGAGGAAGAUGAAGAAGAGGAAGACGAAGAGGAAGACGAAGAGGAGGAGGAGGAUGAGGAGGAAGAGGAGGAAAAUGAGCAGCCUUUGUCCCUGGAAUGGCCUGAGACCAGGCGGAAGCAAGCCAUUUACCUCUUUCUCCUGCCCAUUGUGUUCCCGCUGUGGCUGACGGUUCCCGACGUCCGGAGGCUGGAGGCUAAGAAGUUUUUUGUUAUCACCUUCCUGGGAUCCAUCCUGUGGAUAGCCAUGUUCUCAUACCUCAUGGUUUGGUGGGCUCACCAGGUUGGCGAAACAAUAGGGAUUUCUGAAGAGAUCAUGGGUUUGACAAUCCUAGCAGCAGGCACAUCAAUUCCUGACCUCAUCACCAGUGUGAUUGUCGCUCGGAAAGGCCUGGGAGACAUGGCUGUGUCAAGCUCCGUGGGCAGUAACAUAUUUGAUAUCACCGUGGGCCUGCCCCUUCCUUGGAUGCUUUUCUCUCUCAUCAAUGGAUUGCAGCCUGUUGCUGUCAGUAGCAACGGCUUGUUCUGUGCAAUUGUUUUGCUUUUUCUCAUGCUCCUGUUUGUGAUCUCUUCAAUUGCAUUAUGUAAGUGGAGAAUGAACAAGGUCCUGGGCUUCACCAUGUUCCUCCUGUACUUUGUAUUCCUGAUCAUCAGUGUGAUGCUGGAAGAUCGAAUCAUAUCCUGCCCUGUAUCUGUCUGAGUCAGAGUCACUGUUGCUCAAAAUGGACAUGGAUCAGAAAACCACGCCAGAAGUUACUGCACCUCUCGUACAUUAAAGAGUGAACGAACCUGAUCUGGGAGAGGGAAGUGAGUGGCCAAGAACCUCUGAUGUGGGUGUGAUGGGGGCUGAAGUUUAUCCUUGGAAGCACCUGCAGCUCAUUGCGGAUUAGGACUCUGGAGGGGUGGUGUUCCUACCACCCCUUCACGGAGGCCAAGAAGGGCCUGAGUGAGAGGCUUUUCUAAAAUGAGGUAACUGGCAGGGAGGGUUGGGACAGUCAUCAUAGCGCUAAGACGAGCACCCCUGUGACAGUUCCCUGAUUAUUCCUGAAGGGCUGCUGAUCCCAAACAGGCAGGUGUGGUCUCACCCUCCUGGCCCUUGCCUCAGCACAUGCUGCCAUUUGCUGUCUCUUCUGCUGUUCAGAGUACGUGCUUCUAGCAGGUUUGUACUCCUUACAGUUCAGUUAUUGGUGAGUUUAAGGGGAUGGAAUCUAUAGAUUAAAAAAAAGUGUAACAAGAAUCAGUUAUCAUUACACAUCAUGGUGAAGUCGCUCAGUCGUGUCCGACUCUUUGUGACCCCGUGGACUGUAACCUA